UUCACUUGCAGGGGGGCGAAGGAUACCAUAUACCAUUCAUUGAUUCCCCAUCUCAUGUGGUGAGGUGAGAAUUGGUUCGGCGAAAUGUCUCCCCUUCUAAAGCCCUUUGCCUUCCUCUUCGAUUCGUCCCUUGCCCUCCUCUCGCCUCUGUUCCACGGAUGGAGCUCGAAUGCAGGGUCGAGCGAGCUUGAAUCCAAUGCUGAAAUCAGUAUCGGAUUCAUUUGGAAUCAGACGAGGAGUUUCGUUAUCCUCCCACUGUUCGAGUUUUUGGUGACUCUGUGUUUGGUGUUGUCGCUGGCUGUUUUCAUGGAGAGUAUAUACAUGAGCAUUGUAGUGAUCUUUGUGAAGUUGUUCAACCGAAAACCCGAGAAAGUUUACAAAUGGGAGGCGCUAAAGGAGGAUGCCGAACUUGGACAUUCGAACCACCCGAUGGUUCUUGUCCAAAUACCAAUGUACAACGAAAAAGAGGUCUUUCAAUUAUCCAUUGGAGCCGCUUGUAUGCUUAAAUGGCCUUCGGACCGUCUUAUCGUUCAAGUUUUGGAUGAUUCUACGGACCCUACGAUUAAGGAGAUGGUGAACGUUGAGUGUGGUAAAUGGGCAAGCAAAGGCAUAAACAUAAAAUGCGAGAUAAGAGAUAGUCGAAGCGGCUACAAAGCGGGAGCUCUGAGGCAGGGGAUGAGGCACAACUACGUCAAGCAAUGCGACUACGUGGCGAUCUUCGACGCCGAUUUCCAGCCCGAACCAGAUUUCCUCGAACGCUCUAUCCCCUUCCUCGUCCACAAUUCCGACGUCGCGCUCGUCCAAGCUCGUUGGAAAUUCGUUAACGCCAACGAGUGCUUAAUGACAAGAAUGCAAGAGAUGUCUCUCAACUACCAUUUCAUGGCGGAGCAAGAAUCUGGAUCCACUAGGCAUGCUUUCUUCGGAUUCAACGGAACGGCCGGUGUUUGGAGAAUUGCGGCGAUGAAUGACGCCGGAGGAUGGAAGGACCGUACGACCGUGGAAGACAUGGACUUGGCGGUUCGUGCUGGUCUUCGUGGUUGGAAGUUUGUCUUCGUCAACGACCUCACGGUGAAGAGUGAGUUGCCAUGUAAAUUCAAGGCGUUUAGGUUCCAACAGCACAGAUGGUCAUGCGGACCCGCUAAUCUCUUCAGGAAGAUGACAAUGGAAAUCGUCCACAAUAAGAGAGUGACAUGGUGGAAGAAGUGCUACGUGAUCUACAGCUUCUUCUUCGUACGUAAGGUGGUCGUGCACAUCUUCACCUUCUUCUUCUACUGCAUAAUUUUGCCUACGAGCGUUUUCUUCCCCCAAGUCCACAUUCCGACAUGGGCUACGGUCUAUGCUCCCUCCGUCAUCUCAAUAUCCAACGCAAUCGCAACUCCGAGAUCCUUUUACCUGGUGGUGUUUUGGAUCCUGUUCGAGAAUGUGAACGCUAUGCACAGAAGCAAGGGAUCUUUUAUCGGCAUGCUCGAAGGAGGGAGGGUUAACGAAUGGGUCGUCACUGAAAAAUUAGGCGAUGCUCUCAAGACUAAGUUACUUCCACAAGUCGUGACCAGGCCUCGUUUCGAAAUGUGGGAAAGAGUGAAUAUGAAGGAGUUUAUAGUGGGGAUAUAUAUAAUGGGUUGUGCAUGCUACGACUUUAUCUUUGGGAAGACAUGGUUAUCUCUCUACUUGUUCAUGCAGUCCAUUGCCUUUCUCGUUUGUGGAAUUGGUUACGUCGGCAAAUAAGGGCCAAAAUUUCUCAUCUCUUUAAUAAUAACUUAUAAUAUAGUUUAUAUUCCAUGCACAAUGCAAAUAAAAUUUAUUAAUAAAAAUAUUCUUUAGGUCUAUUUUUAUUUUA